AUCUUGAGACUCAUUUCAAUUCUUCAAAUGAUGUCUCAACAAAUGAGCUUAUUUCAGAAGCUUUGUCCUUCUAUGACGGCAAUAAAACUUGGAAAUUUUGGGUUUGCUGUAAAUGCGAUAAGAAAUUUGUGGAUUCGAAAUCCCGCUUGCACCAUAUGGUUCAGGAGCACCUGGGCAACCUUUUGCCGAAAAUGCAUUCUAUUUUGCCACACAAUGUUGAUAAUGAUUGGAGUAAAAUGCUUCUUAAUUUGUCUCAAGUCUUAUGGUGUAGGCAGAGACAAACAAGCUGUUGAUGUUGAAGCGGAAAUUAUUGUCAGUGGAGAUUCGUCACGUCUCCUCCUCAGUGAGUGUUUGCUAUUAAAUGAGGUUCCUUCUGACGUUGAUCCUUUCCUAUCCUGGAUAUAUGCAGGUCCCACUAGAGGGGAACAGUUAGCAUUAUGGGCACAAACAACAGAGGAAGAAAAGACGUGGGGAAUGAAAAUUUUUCAAAUACUUGAGACAGAAUUUUACCAACUACAGUGCAUUUGUGAGAGAAAAUAUGAAGAUUUGAAGUAUGAAAAAGCAUUGAAGUUAGUGGAGGAUUGCUACCAUAAGGAGGGAAGCAAGACUGACUUUACACCUGAGAGUCGUGAUUUAGUCCUGAGGAAACAAAGAGAGGAGUUUAUCGAGGCUGAAAAUGACCCGAUGCAUAUUGGCAGUAGGUUUGAGUUAGAUGCUUUAACUGAUGUUUUGAAAGAAUGUGAAGCUGUGGUUAAAAGUGAAAGUUGGAAGGCCGAGGAUUAUUUUUAUCAAGUUGAUCGUGGUCUGGAAAUUGCAAUAAUCAGACAGAAGGAACGACUAUCUACCAAGAUUAGCAAUAUUGAUGAACGCAUCAUGCGAAAUGUUUCUGAAAUUCAAAAGUUGGUACAUGUGCUCGAGCUUCUUUCAACUGAUGAUUAUCAAUCUAUAUUGUUGCCUCUUGUGAAAUCAUACUUGAGGACACAUUUAGAAGAUUUGGCUGAAAAACAUGUCACGAAGAAGUCUAAUGCCACAAGAGAAGCAUUUUUACCUAAACUGGCACGAGAUUCAAAAAAGGAUACUAGAGAUGGAAGUGAUAAUUCGAGACAUGCACUUGAAAAGCCCAAUAAAAGGAAAAUGAGCGAGGAGUUUAGGAAAGCCAAGGACUCUAUAAGGUGCUCAGUGUUCCUGAGCAAGAUGUGCUUCGUGAUGAGGGCGUCGAUAGUGAUGCAUUUCAAGAACAACAGAAAUUACUCUUGAUUACAAGUUCGACGCCAUUGGUUAUUGGUGAAGUAGGUAGUAGCAGCAGUCUUCCAUCAAAGGAACUCAAUGUAGGCAAGUGCAAACUCCGCUGUGGCAUGUUGCCGUCGCCGUCGCCGUUGCGGUUGCCCCUUCCCCACCCUCGUUUCCGAAACAACACACUUGUCGGUGUGAGGGUGCUUAUUCACUGGCUAUGUGUGGAUGUAGAUCAAGAAACAG